CCCAUAUUUUUGAGUCAUUAAGCAAAAUAUUCAAAUUUUAAUUCUAGGGAAAAUAAAUAUUUAUGAUUUUUUAAAACAUUUAUAAUAUAAACUUUCCGGGUGGUAAGAUGAUUAGACAACUGUUCCUUUUUCUGUAUUUCGUGCUGCUCUCACAAUGGGUUGGCCUGGUCCAUGGGACGACUAAAAUUGCAUUUCUUGGCAGUCGAGUUCGUUACAAUUCCAAAUAUUUUUCCAAUUUGACCCUAUUCACGGAAAAUUCUACCAUUAAUGCGGACCUGAUGUUAUUGAAAUCCCUGCGCCAGGGAUUCAAAGCCAACAUUGAGGUGCAACUACGUUUGAAUAAUUCCAAAACACAUCAGAAAUUAUUUUCCUAUGUUUUGAAUAUUUGUGAAUUGAUUGUCUCCCUAAGAAGUUCGAUUUUCAAAAAAUGGUUUGAAUCUUUGUUAAAAUAUAGCAAUUUCAUGCAAAACUGUCCCGUUGCCGAGGGUCAUUACUAUGUGCAUGGGUGGAGGCCGGAUGCCUCCCUCAUACCAUCAUAUUUAUUUGCUGGAGAUUAUCGCAUUAAAGGCUAUUGUUUCUAUGGAAAUUAUAAAAAAAAGAAUAUGGAAUUUCUCUUUGCCAUCGAUGUGGAUGCGACGACUAGCAUUGCCUUCUUCGGCAGCAGAGUUCGUUUCAAUCCGAAAUAUUUUUCCAAUUUUACCUUGUCGAUCGAAAAUUCCACAAUUAAUGCUGACAUGAUGUUAAUAAAACCCCUGCGUCAGGGAUUCAAAACCAAUGCUGAGGUCCAACUGCGUUUGAAUAAUUCGCGAAAACAUCAGAAACUUUUCUCCUAUGCCUUGAAUGUUUGCGAAUUGGUUGUAUCCCUGAGAAAUUCCAUAUUUAAACGAUGGUUCGAAUCGUUGCUAAAAAAUGGUAAUUUUAUGCAAAAUUGUCCAGUGUCUGUGGGUCAUUAUUACGUGCACGAUUGGAGGCCGGAUGCCUCACUCAUACCAUCAUAUUUAUUUGCUGGAGAUUAUCGCAUUAAGGGCUAUUGUUUCUUUGGUAAUUAUAAGAAAAAGAACAUGGAGUUUGUCAUCGACAUUGAGGUGGAUGCUAUAAUAUCUUGA